UAAUCACGUUUUAAAGUAUGAAACGAUUUGAAACAUCCAGUUCGCAGAAAAGUUUUAUGAACGAUUGCGCUUUCGGAUGCCACUUUCACAUCCCCUUAAAGGUAGUUCCAUAUUUCGUAGUGAUCCUGAAUGUUCUUCAAUGAACAAGGAAGAAAACGUCCUUCACCUUUCCAUAUUUCUUUGGAUAAACAUAAAAAAAUUUGGAAAGAUAUAUUCUAAUUAUACCAAUCAACAAUGCUUUACCAAAACUCCAACUGUUUCCCUUAAGGCCAAGUUAACUGUGCCUAGUUCAACACGAGAAAUAUCUAUUGCUCUCACUUAAUAUAAAGCUGCUUUCGUUAUUAUCAAAACGAGAGCUGGUCGUUGCUCAAACGAACUAAUUCUUUGUUUUAUCCUGCAUAUUUAGUCGCACACCCUGUUAGGAUUACUAAUUUUUUUUUAUUCUGCGACAAACGAACACUUCGGUGUCACUACCUAGUGAUAGUAUUAUAUUUAUGAAAUAUUAUGUUCUAAAGCUUAUUCAGAUUCAUGCUGACAAAGUAUAUCGAAGCAGAUUUCCCGAGAGAAUACGGUGAGAUCGAACGUAUAGGAAAGCUAGGGGGAUAUAAAAGUGGUAUCUGAAGAGUCAAUCGUUCAUGAAACUUUCCUCCGAAAUUCUUAAGCAGUUGAAAUUUCAUGAGUUUUAGGACCUUCCUUAUACCCUCCAUAUUUAUAUUGUAAAGUUCGAAUCGAUUCAGUGCAUCCACUUUGGAGAAAAGUUUCAUAAACGAAGCCUCUUCGACGCCACUUUUACACCACCUUAACGGAGAAUACAGCGAGGAAGACCAUAAGCAGUAACCGAAUCUUGAGAUUUCUUGUAAAACGAAUGUUUCGUUUUUUAGUUUUGUUACAUUAAUUAAUAUAAAUUAAGUUUAAAAAAAAAUGUUGAAAUAUGAAUGUGAAAUUUGAAAAGCUUUAUGAUAGGAUGAAACGAAUUAGCGACUGUAGAAAUACCGAUCUUUUAGUGGUAGCUAUAAUAAUUUAUGGAAAGGCGAUGCUUAACUAUUCCUUAUUGUAUUCGCUCGCAUUCAUUGUAUUCUCCCGACAAGCUGUAUAGUCGCCGAAAUUGAAAGAAGCCGAGGCACAGCAGUGCUUCCUAUUAACAAAUACGUUUAUACUAAUCUUUAUGAUAGGGAUAUUGUAAAAAUAUCCCAAUGAUUUUAGUGAAUAGCGUGCACUUGACUUAUAGAGGUAGAGCAAACUCAUCACUAAAAUAUUAUAUCCUCAAGGUUUCCAAAUACUGUGAAUACCAUUUCAUGAUACGGUAUACGUUAUAAGUAGAGUAUUAAUAUUAUUAAUUGUAAGACUCGAUCGAAAGUGCCUUCUCAAUUGAUAUUUUAGAAUUACGUGCUCGUUGCGCGCUCUAUACGUUUACUGAUUUUGAUAAAGGAUAUUUACCACGGAGUAGAGUUGGGUAAAGUUUACAUAAUAUUGUAUUUAAGGUAUGAAUAGGUCCGAGUAUGAUUUUAAGGACCACAUAGAAGCUCCAGGACACUUUGAAUCGUUGUUGGCAAGUCCUUGAUAAUUCUUAUAAAUUCUUAGAAGAGUGAAAGACCGUUCAAAGAGUGUAUUACCUUGUGUAUAUUAAUUUGCCCAACACUGCGAGUGAAGGAAUCUUUAUAAGUGACGAUAUCAUAACACAGCCAAUCGCUAAGGUCCAACUGAUAACGUAAUUUUGCAAUAACUGUAAGCACUUAUUGACCUAAUGUAAAGAAUAUUAGACCAAUUGACAGGCUGAACGUAUCGCUCGAGAGUUGUAAUUUCAUUAACUUCGAGACUGGAUCCUUGUCAAGUCUCCUGACAAUCGGACGACACGUUGACAUUUGGUAUUCUUAAUUCGUGCGAAUUGUCAACGCGCUCCUCCAUAAAUUGACUUACUACUAAAUCAUUCUAUGCGCCUACCGAUGUAUAUUUAUAAAUUAAUCGUUGUACAAUAUACACUAAUCGGCAAAGUUGUUUAUCCUUGUUAGACAUUUACAAAUAAGUUAUAUACAGUAUUAACUGUACAAUGAAAAGUAUUUAAUGGCAAUAAGACUCGUCCAGAAAGUGACCGUGUGUGUGUAUUUACUUUCGCACAUUAAUCGUUACACCAUAUCUCCAGAUUUAUAUUCUAAAUCUCUGGUCUGUUUACUUCGCGUUGAGGUUAGAUAUUUACUUUUUUUCCCUAUAUUUCUUGCUCUUCCAACGGUCGAUCGUCAUUAAAUCGUUCGCAGUGUGCUACUUGAGACUAGAUAACACGCAACUGAUUUAGAUUAAAUGUAAAUUAAUAUUUAAAUAUUGAGCAGGAGUAUUUUUAUACCAAUGGCCGGAAUAAUAACUGGCCCAGGGGGCCAUAUCGUGGGAGCUGCAAUUCAAGCUCUCGUCGGUGGAAUUCCUUUGGGUGAAAAUGGCUCCAAAGCUUUAAACGUGCUACGUGAUGUCGGGGUUCCAACUCCACCACCCAGUUGGUUCACACCGAAGAAAUCUGAUGAGCAGAAGGCCCGAGAGGUCUACGACAAGUUGGAAAUGCAUCUUGACGGUGCUCUUAAAGUCUUGAAGCCUGCAAUGGAAAUCAAGAAGAUUUUGGAAAAUGAACGCAGUUUGUCAGCUGAUCGUCCUCAAUCACAACCUUCAGUAGUGCCUGCACAGUAUUACACACCUCAAAUACCGCAGAAGCUGUAUCGGGAUAAAUCACAUUGCCAGAACAAAGAGAAAUCAACAUUGGAGAAUAAGAACUUAGUCAGCAUAGGCAAGGGAGAUCCUUUGAGCAAGGUACAGAACAUCUUGGAUGCGAUCACUCCACCGGCACGAAAUGAAAAGACUCCAUCUCCUUUGUCAAAGGAUGUGAAAAAUAAUCUGAUUGAAUACUCGCACAAAGUAAAAUAUUCCAGGGAAAAUCACGUAUCCAAAUCAGAGGCCUGCAUGAUUUAUCGAGAACCUUGUGUAAUCAACGAAUGUGAAAAAUCUCCAUGUAAGGAAUCUAUGCCAAAGAAUGCUAAGGGCUGUCAAUGCUAUCGAAAAAGUAACAAAGAGGUACGAUGUAAGAGAAUGAAAAAAUGAAAAGAGAAACUUGUUUUUUUUUAUAUAUUUGCUGUGCAAAAUGAUCCCUGAUGCUUGAACAUUGGUAUAUCGUCACAUGUAUUUUAUUUUUCUAUGUAAACGAUACGUUAUUAAAUAAUAUUUGAUAAAACGAA